AUGGAGUGGACUAGGGGGCACACCAUCGGCCGGGGUUCGACCGCCACCGUGUCGGUCGCUGAGUUUCGUGGGUCUGGUCGGAUUGUGGCUGUCAAGUCGGUGGAGCUCCAACGGUCGGAAUGCCUUAGGAGAGAGCAGAGUAUUCUAUCCACAUUGGAGUGUCCUCAUGUUGUUGCCUACGAAGGUUGUGACACCACAUUUGAAAAUGGUGCGUUCAUGUACAACUUGUUCAUGGAGUAUGCGCCUUACGGGUCGAUCGCCGACGAAAGUCGCGGGCGUGAUGGUGGGUUAGAUGAGUUUAUGGUUGGACAUUAUGCUCGUCAAAUUCUGCUUGGGUUGGACUACUUACAUUCCAAUGGGAUUGUGCAUUGUGAUUUGAAAGGCCAGAAUGUUUUGCUCACUGAUGAAGGGGCUAAAAUUGCUGACUUGGGUUGUGCCCGGAGAGUUUCGGCGGAGCAGAAUUAUGGUGGGGUGAUUGCCGGCACCCCGGCGUUCAUGGCACCAGAGGUGGCGCGAGGGGAGCAGCAGGGGUUCCCUGCCGACGUGUGGGCUCUUGGCUGUUCUGUGCUGGAGAUGAUCACCGGAAAAGCACCGUGGCAUGACAUUUCCGACCCGGUGAGUGUCCUCUAUCGAGUAGGGUUCUCCGGCGAGGUACCGGAGAUUCCAAGCUUCUUGUCGGAGCAAGGGAAGGAUUUUCUCACCAUGUGCUUGAAAACAGAUCCGAACGAGAGGUUGUCAGCAGGUGAACUUCUCAAACACGAGUUCGUUCAGGAUUCAAACACAGCGUCGAAGAAAUUUGAUGAGCCUAGUUCAAAUUCCCCAACUAGUGUGUUGUUGGAUCGAGAUAUCUGGGACUCGUUUGACGAGCUGCAGAAAACCCAAACACCGGAUCUGAACCCGACCCCGACCCAUGGUCCCGCCUUCUCCUGGGAUCCUCCUGGCCCCAGAAGUAGAAUUCGUCGGUUGUCUUCUUCUAUGCCCAAUUGGGAAUGUGAUGACGAAUGGAUCACAGUAAGAGACAGCAGCAUCAAUGGCGGAGAAUCUAAUGAAGAAACAGAGAAUUAUGGAUUAGACAGUUCAAAUUACAUUAGAGAGGACAAUUAUUUCGUUGUUAUUGGUGAACCCAGAACAAUUAGUACAGUUGGAUUGAGCGAGUGUUGUAAUAUUAAUGAUUAUUUCUGCAUCAGAGAAUCUUCAUUAGGAAAUUCGCAAUGUAUAAAUAUGGCUGCCAAUAGAAAUAUAUUGCAUGACUUGCUUUCAGUUUUCCCUCUCUCUAAUCCUACUUUUGGAAGCAUAAUUUUCUUUUGCCUGUUGCUUCUACAGUAG